ACUGGGCUGCGCCUCCACCUCCUGCACCUUGGCCACGUCAAGCAGAAGGGCUCGUCAUGCCAGGCGGAACCAGCAGCCGAAAACACCCACGCCGCUCAGCUUGAUGGUGUAGCCCAGCCUCAUUCAUAACUACUCAAGGAUCCCGGUUGUCGCUGAACGGAACCUCAGCUUGGGAGUUCUACUGGACCGUGUCCGCUUGUGCGUGUUUUUUGUCAUCGAGAUUGUGGAAUGCUGCUGGACGAGACUCCACUUUUUGAGCCGUCUCUACUUCAGGAGUUAGACUGGAGUAAGAACACUGCCCCCUUCUCUCCUCCCAUCUCCCCAUCGAGCCCAGGGGAAGGCCUGGUGCUCAGGCCGCUCUGUACAGCAGACUACAACAGGGGAUUCUUUAAGGUUUUGUCUCAGCUCACCCAAACAGGCGAUGUCACUGCAGAGCAGUUCACGAAAAAGUUUGAGCAUAUGAAGAAGACGGGAGACUACUAUGUCAUCGUAGUGGAGGACACAGCACUGCGGCAGAUCGUUGCUACUGCUACACUGAUUACAGAGCACAAGUUUAUCCACUCCUGUUCUAAGAGAGGUCGCGUGGAGGAGGUUGUGGUCAGUGACGUGUGCCGGGGGAAGCAGCUGGGCAAACUGCUAGUUUCAACACUAACUCUCAUCAGCAAAAAACUCAAGUGUUAUAAAAUCACACUGGAAUGUGCACCAAAAAAUGUGGCUUUCUACGAGAAGUUUGGCUACGCUGCUUCAGACGAGGCCUACAUGCAGUGUCGAUUCUUUGACUGAGGACAGAGCAGCUUUAUGAACGUCUCUCCUGGGGACAUGGACCAUAUGUUUGUAUGCACCAACUACGUCUUAAUGACGACACAGCUGGAGGACGGGUCUGUGGUUCUAAACACAUCUGAUUUCAGCACACAGCUAAAGUAUGAUUGUUCCUUGCUUCCAGUCUCUACAUCAUCCUUUGCCCCUCUGGGAACCUUACCAGACAUCCUUUAUUGUAAACAUGUUUAACUGCUCAUGAGUAAUUUGCUCUGUAUCAAAAGAGAAUCCAGGCUACUUUAAAAAAACGAUGCUGGGAAAUCAAGAUUUACCAAAUUUGCAUAUUUCCAAAACUUAGUUCACUACACUGAAGAACUGUUUGCAUGAAGGAUUCAUUGUAAAUCAGCUCUGUUACAUUGAUUGAACAGCCGCCAGAACAAAGCAGCUGUAUAUUUUUUUUUAAACCUUAAAACGUCUUCAGGUUUUAGUUGGGUUUCAUCUUCUAAUCUGUCCAUUUUAAAACAUGUUAUUUCCUUUCUGACACUAGUUAUGCAGGAAAACCUUAGUGAAGGUUAAAUACAAGACGUGAAGCAUCAAGUUGAUACUGCUAUAAUGAAAAACAUGGAAAGGCAACAAAUGUUUUUGUAUAUUACCUCGUAUUUAAGCUUUUGUAGUCUUCUGAUGUGGUCAUGGAGAACAGGGGAACAUAUUUAAUGUAAUUUAUUUACAAAUAUCUAAUGGUCAAAUAAAAUAUUCUAUGAUCUACA